AUGAACACAAUUGCUGCAUCAACUGUUCAGCAGACAUCCACAGCUGGACCUUUUCUAUUUCUGUUGUCUAUAACAUCAUUGCUGGCAACAAACUUACCUGCUGCACGAAUUGUUGCACCUGCUGCCACCAUUGGGAAUGUUUGUCACCAGUCUCAGCAAUACUGUCUUGUAGUUUCACUGUUGCUGUAUUGCCACCAACACUUGGACAAUGAAUCCCCCAAGCUGAAGCAUGAUGGUCCUGGUCUUCUGUCAAUGGCGAUUGCUGAUCGCGAUACACAUGGUUCUCUGUUCAAUAUCACCUUCAAGGCUAAUCACCAUCUUGACAGGAAAUAUGUAGUUUUUGGGAAACUCGUUCGAGGACAUGAAGUUUUGAAAAAGAUUGAAAAUGCUGGCAAUGAAGAAGGGAGACUGGAUGUAACUGUGAAGAUAAUUUAUUGUGGUGAAAUUCAUGAGGCCGAGAAUCCGAGUGCUGCUUUGUUGCAGAGUGACAAAAGGAAAGUGAAUAAACUGAAAAUGGGGACGGAUGCUUCUUCUGAGGCAAACAGCCAUGAAGCACGAAACAGGGAAAAGCACAGGAAGUCCUUAAAAGAGAGAAGGAAGAAGAGAAGAUAUUACACAUCUGAAUCAGAUACUUCCUCGGAUACUGAGACUGAAUUAUCUGAAUCUGAUACUGAUUCUGACUCGUAUAUCUCUUCAUCAACUGACAUUAGCUCUUCAAGUGAUGACAGGCGUGGCAAGAAAAAGAAAUCUUCUAAGAGGGAUAAAUAUAGACGUGGAAAAAAGAGGGAUAGACGCCGGGAAAAAAAGCGGAGGAGGUACAAUAAGAGAUCAAAACGCAGAUCAAAAAGGGCCUUGGAUGGUCUUUCUGAGAGUGGGAGUGAAAGUAGCUCUGAAGAUGAUGUUGGAAGGCUAGGUCCAAAGCAUAAAACCUCAGCUAAUAAGACAGCUGUUGGAGAUCAGUCUCUUCUAGUUCAGGAGAAGGAAGCUGCUUCCAGUCAUUAUAAAAAUCGGGAGGCGAGUGUUAUGCUCGAAAGGGAAGAGGGAGAAUUCUCCAAGGAAAAUGGAGAGCACCAGAGCAACAGGAUUGAAGUGGGAACCGGUUCGGACAAGAGUGCAGAUAGACAACCUGAUGUAGUAGAUGAUCACCCUGGGAAAUCUAGGUUCACUUUCCAUUCUUCUCGCAACUCAGUUAUUCUUUAUGCUUACCGAUUCUUCCAGAUCUGGUAUUAUAUAAAAAGUUGA